UAAUCGACACAUUAGUUGAAUGUCUUGUCAUAUCAUACCAUCGCAAAUACAUAUGCUGAUCACCUCUCUGUAUCCACCACCCUUCCCAAACAUCAGUUCUCUCUUACUGUGAUUUUACUAAUGACCUCUCUCAUUCUUGUUUUGGUGGCAGUUUUUUGCAUCCGUCUCUUCAAAUUUGCAUACAACACCAUAUGGAUCCCUUUCAGAAUCCAAAAUCAUUUCAAGAAGCAAGGAGUAACCGGUCCCGGCUACCAUCCCAUCUUCGGAAACAUGCCUGAGAUCCGCCGUCUGUUCGAAGAAGCAAUGUCGAAGCCAUCUCCACUUCACGACGGCGACCACGAUGUCCUCCCGCGGGUGGCUCCGUUCUACCACAAGUGGUCCAACAUAUAUGGGAAACCGUUUUUGUAUUGGUCUGGUUCACAACCGAGGCUAGCAAUAUCUGACCCGGAUCUGAUCAAGGAGAUCACCAUGAACACAGGAGGUGGCUCAUUUGAUAAAACCGGGUUCGAUCCUAAGGGCAAGGUUCUCUUUGGACAGGGACUUAUUGCUUUGUUUGGUCAACAAUGGGCACUUCACAGGAGGAUCUUAAACCGUCCCUUUCGCAUGGAAAGAGUCAAGGAGUGUUGGUUACCAGAUAUAGUGGCGGAGACACGUAAAAUGCUAGAGAAAUGGGAAGAAAGAAGAGCAGGGAGAGAUGAAUUCGAAAUGGAAGUGUUUAAACAACUUCAUGACCUUUCAGCUGAUAUUAUAUCAAGAACAGCAUUCGGAACCUUUUUUGAACAAGGAAAACAGAUCUUUUUGUUACAAGAACAACAAAUGCAAUUUUUCUCUCUCGCAGUCGAAAGCCUAAAUAUCCCAGGCUUGAGGUUUUUGCCUACUAAAAAUAACAGAGAGAUGUGGAGACUAGAUAAGGAAACUAAUGAAUCAAUUCGAGCACUGAUCCGAGCAAACAAUGAAACAAGAGAAGAAUCUUCAAGUUUCCUUAGUCUGUUGAUGGGUUCGGAUGAAGAAGAGAGGUUAGGAGAGGAGGAAAUAAUAGGCGAAUUCAAGACAUUUUACUUUGCAGGAAAAGAAACAGCGGCAAAUGCAUUAGCCUGGGCGCUUCUACUUUUGGGUUUGAAUCCAGAAUGGCAAGAUAAGGCAAGAGAAGAAGUGAUUCGUGUCCUGGGUAGCAAUAAGGUUCCCGUUGCAGAGAAUUUGAAGGACUUGAAGAUUGUAAACAUGAUAAUAGAUGAAACACUCCGGCUCUACCCACCAAUAGUGAUGUUGAUGAGGAAAACUUACAAAGAUGUGAAGUUAGGGAACAUCAACAUUCCCGCUGGUACAGAGCUUUAUUUGGCAUUGGCUGCCGUUCAUCAUGACACCUACAUAUGGGGAAACGAUGCUCACAAAUUUAAUCCUGACAGAUUUAAAGAGUCUCGGAAGCAUUUGGCAUCGUUCAUUCCAUAUGGUUUGGGCCCUAGAUUUUGUGUGGGACAGACUUUAGCCACCAUUGAGAUGAAAACCAUUCUGGCUAUGAUUAUCCGGCAAUAUUAUCUAACGGUGUCGCCCACAUACGUUCAUGCCCCCAAGCUAUUCAUCUCCCUGGAACCUCAGUAUGGCGUACAGUUACUCUUAACAAGAACAACUUUAUGAUGCUUUUCAAGCCCACUUCAUGGAUGCUUAGUAAAAUAAGUGAAAUUUCUAUCUCUUUAUAUUAUUAUAACUCAAUAUCUCUUCUACCUAUUGUUGUUGUCCAGAGGAUGAUGAAUCAACAUUAUGGAUAGAAAUUAUGCCUAUGAAUGUAUCCCCAGAUCACUGGUACAAUGACUUAUUUGGUUAACCCUCCAUUUAAUUUUUCCUCUAUUUUAGCUCUUAAA